AUGACCGCGAAAAGCCACCAGAUCGACCUUCCCGAGAUUCCGUCAUUACCACCCAUCCGCAUGCCAGACGCUUCUCACUUCUCCGAUACUUCUACACCGUCUCUCUAUUCAAGUCGUGUGCCGAUACCCGCGUCUCGCUCUCCUUCCUCUCCAGACACAUUCCAAACCACUCAAGAGUCUCCCUCGGUCAACGCCAAUGGCAACCCCACUACUAAUGCUUCCGUCUCCUUCCUCACACUCACUCCUCCAUCCUCUUUGUCUCUUCCAUCGACCCUUAGGAAGUCGAUCUCCGUCGACUCAUUCAUCAAGCACAGGCAACCUUCUAGCCCAACGCCUCGGUCAGGCCCGGCCAGCGCUGUGACCUCCCAUCUCCUUCCACCACAGGAAACUACACCAAGGUCCUCAACUUCCACCCUACCGUCGGAAGUGCCACUCAGUACCUUUCGUGCGCCGCUGCGGGGUCGCGACGGACGUGUCUCACCACCCCAACUUCUGCACGGUACGAGCACUAACGUUGAGGACCGCGAAGUAUCUUCGUUCUUUGACGAGUCGGACGUGGAGCAGUCGGAGAGCGUUGGUCAGCGCCCGCGCAAAGCUAAAGCUGCGAUGCGUCAUGUGGUUCUCCCUCCUGGCGAACUUGUUCUUCCGUCACGCCUCCAAACUACGAAUUCCUUCCCCAAUAUCGAUGCCAGCCAGCCACCUGCACCCAUCGUUCCGGCACGAAGCAGCAGUUUGAGCCACAAGAUGAUCAAACAAAGGGCACUCAUGCAUGUCAAUACCCAGAUACCUUCUAACAUCGAACCUUGGCAACCCCCUCCUGUCACUAUUGCUGUUGUGGGCGCAGCACGAUGCGGAAAAUCCACUGUGAUACGGAAAGGCCUGAAGGCAUAUGGCCUUUCUGAGCCUGAGACCAUCACCCUCUCCGACACCCCGGAGUUCGGAGUUGACGCAUUUAUCUAUACCUCCCGGAGCGGAAGAAUCUCCGUCAGCCAAGAUACCCCAGAACGCGUUUUCAAGGUGUUGGAGGUGGACACUGCAUCACUUAGCUUGAAUAAGAAGGGAAACGUAUGGCCCGAUAUACGACCGAAGUUGGACGGAAUUUUGGUGUGUUAUGAUGCCGCUCGUGAAGAGUCCUUCCUGCCGGUGGAGACUGUUCUGCGUGAAUUCAGUGGUCUGAAGCUUCCAACCGUGGUACUGGCUUGCAAAUCUGACUUAGACGCAGUCGUUGAUCCGCAACAUGCGUUGGAGGUCAUCCAAUCGUAUGACGUUGGUCUGGUCGAGGUCACAAAUUCACAUUCUUUUGGUAAGGGUAAGAUGCGUGACGCUUUCGAUUGGAUCUUCAAGGCCAUUUUCCAUGCAUUGGAUAACCGAGGUGGGAUGCGGACUGAACGCGAUAGAUAUCGAAAUCCAGCGUCACCUGCAGUUCUUGAGAAUCCCUCAGCAGGGGAUAUCUCUCGCGCAUCGUCCGCUACGCCGACCGCCUCAGGAGUCACCUUGCAAUCGGCGCAGUUGCACUCUAUGUCAAUCUCCCAGCCAUACGCAAAGGCUCCGUCUUCAGUAUCUCCGCAUGCAACGGGACAGACGCCAAUCCCUGCGGGCUUAUUCCAUAUCCCGUCGCCCACAUCGUCAGGUCCCCAUACGCCUUCCACUCCUACAUCUCCAACGCGUGCUCGCUCAACGAGUGACAUAUUUUCGGAGCAUGAAAAAGCCAAACGUGUGCGGAGCAAGGGGUCCUUGAAUGUCCUUCCCAGUGCUAGUGGAUCAGAGCCGCAGACUGGUUUUGAGGACAUAAACGAAUCCAUGAGAGAUGUCUCUAUCAGAGAAUCACGAGCUCCACCAUGGAUGACACUUGAGGAACUUCUCAACAAGCUCCUCUUCAUGGCUGUCAGCGAUGACGAUCCGGUAUUUAUAUCUCACUUUCUUCUCACCUACCGCCGAUUCGCAAGUCCGCGUAGCAUCCUGCUUGCGAUGCAGAAGCGCAUGCGCGCGUUGGAUCAGCCAUCCGGAGAUCCAAUGUUUGCAUGUUUUGCUCAGAUGAGAAUUUGUCUUCUUCUGGAUAACUGGAUAAAGAUAUUUCCAAACGAUUUUGCUGUGCCUGGGGCGCAUAGUGCCCUGGCUGCGCUUGUCAAGUCUAUCCUGGCCAAGACUUAUCUUUUGCACUACGGUUCGGAUUUCCAGCCAUUUGUCGACUCGGUGCCUAAUAUUAAUGACGGAGAUAAAUCGUGGGCACUCAGAGUAGAUGAAGAAAGUGAUGUUUUCUCUGUCUUAUCUGAUGAGGAAAGCUUCUCUACGCUGGACACCUCUAUGCUGGACACAGACUCUCAUUUGUCCAGCAGUCUUUCGCAAUUCCCCACGGAUGACGAUGGAUUGCUUGUUGGUGCUGUUCCUCCCACCUCACAUGGUCCGACGGCAGGCCCAUCCCGCGAGCGCAAAGCCAGCCUACCAUUAACGGCCAAGGCACUCAUAGGAAGUUCCAUGACGUCUUCAACAGGUAUUGGCCAUUUUGAGGGAGGUGCAUACAUCCCAGCGAAGCAGCAGCUGAAACAGCUCAUUGCCAUGGCCCAAGAGCUUAAUGCCAUUGACCCCCAGGAGAUUGCCCAAGAGAUCUCGCGGAUAGAGAGCCAAUUCUUCCUUCAGAUCGAGCCUCGACAUUGGCUGCAGCAUGUGCUUGUCCAAGGGAGGAAGGACCCAGAAUCGGAUACUAUUGCGAAGUACAAUCAUGUGUCGAAUCACAUUGCCACUUGGGUGGUCAGCUUCAUCCUGUGUCACGAUAAACUAAAGCAUCGUGCUCGGCAGAUCGAGAAGUUCGUCGACAUUGCUAACCGGCUACGUGCCAUGCACAAUUACUCUGCCUUGCGCGCUAUCAUUGCAGGAAUUAACAGUGCUACGUAUGAAGGCGAUCCGGCGUUAGAAAUGUUUCGAUCCCGAUCGCCAGAGCUCUGGAAGUCCUUCCAGUCAUUUGACCAACUCCUCCAGUCCGUGCGUUCCCAUCAGAAGUAUCGAAUGGCUCUUCGGAAUACAGAUGGACCUUGUAUACCAGCACUCGAGAUACACUUGUCCGACCUAAUUCGUGCACACGAAGGAAAUUCAGAUUACCACGAUGAUGAUCCUAAUAAGAUUCAUUGGGCCAAAUUCAACAUGAUGGCACGAUUCAUCGAUGCCAUCACCCACUGCCAAAGGGGAUGUCACGAGUCUGGCGAAUAUGAGUACCCCCCGCGGGAGAAUAUAUGCAAACUCCUGCUUUUCCUCAAUGAGGACUUGCUCAUGGACACUGAGAUGCAACGAUCUAGGAUCGCACCUCCCGAUUCGGACGGAGAGGAAGGGUAUAGGUCUGCAACACCACGGACAUAUUCUCGCGAUACUCCGCAUCAUCCGAAGGAACCGCAAAUCUUGCGCAAGAUUUUCUUCUGGCAGCCUUAG